AAGAGUUUAUUAUUAUUUAGAACUAGGAAAAUACUCAUCCAUUAUGUCAAUGUCAAACUAGAACUUCGAAAGUUUGACGAAAUGUACCGUUGUUUUGCCAGCAAAUUAAUAAAUAAUACGAAAUAUAUAAUUACUUAACAUGCAUACCAAUUGAAAAAUACCUGUAGUAAUUUCUGAAUGGUUGUUCUUUCAGAAUAAUAUAAUAUGAGUAAUAUUAGGAAACGUAAGGGCGAAAAGAAGUCGAACGAGGUCAGCGAACUUUCUGAAGAAUGUUACACUGAGAAUACCAUAAAAGAAAGAGAAGUUGGAGAUGGUGCUCCUGCUGAAUCGGAACCUGAAUCAUUUUCUCAUGAACAAACAAGCGAUCAAGUUACAAAGGAUGUAGACAGCGCACCUUCUAGCUUUUAUCUGCAUAUCAAGAUAGAUUUGGUGUGCUUGUCAUUGCUAGUUAUAGCAUUAUGCACUCGUCUGUAUAAUCUGCAAGAACCAAGAUAUAUUGUCUUUGAUGAACUACAUUAUGGAAGAUAUGUGUCUUUGUACACCAAAGGCAUAUUUUUCUUUGAUGCCCACCCCCCACUGGGCAAGCAGUUGUUAUACCUGGCAGGUAAGGCUGCUGGAUAUGACGGCAACUUCACCUUUGACCGCAUUGGCUCUCCGUAUGCAGACAAUGUGCCCAUUGGAGCUUUAAGGCUAGUGCCGGCUGUGGCUGGCAGUUUACUAGUUUCUGUGGCUUACCAAUUGAUGCUUGAAAUGUGUACAUAUCAAUGGACAGCUAUCUUAGCUGCUGUGUUGAUUCUAUUUGAGAAUUGUUUUUUAGCCCAGUCAAGAUUUAUGUUACUGGAGUGCAUUCAGAUGUUGUUUGGCCUGUGUGGAGUGCUCUGUGCUAUAAAGAGCACAAAAAACAAUGGCGCCUCUUCAGUUAUUUGGCUAUGUAUCAGUGCAGUUUCUCUUGGCUGUUGUUUUUCCGUAAAAUACUCCGGCCUCUACACCUACUACCUAGCAGUGUUCAUAGUGGGCCGCCAGAUCUGGCAACGGAUCGGCGAGACGGACUCCACGUUACGCCUGCUGCUCUCUGCGCUCUGGCGGCUCGCGGUGCUGGUGGUGUUGCCGCUGGCGGUCUACGUGGGCGUCUUCUACGCGCACCUGACCAUGCUGCCGCGCGCGGGGCCGCAUGACAGCGUGAUGACGAGCGCUUUUCAGGCGUCUCUGCAAGGUGGGCUUGCUAGCAUCACACGCGGGCAACCACUGCACGUCGCGCAUGGCUCGCAGAUCACCCUAAGGCAUACCCACGGACGUACGUGCUGGCUGCACUCACACGCGCACGUGUACCCGGUGCGGUACGCGGACGGGCGCGGCUCCUCGCACCAGCAGCAAGUCACCUGCUACAGCUUCAAGGACGUCAACAACUGGUGGAUCGUGAAGCGGCCCGACGUGGCGUCGCUUGCAGUGGCUCGGCCGCCGGACGCUAUAAGACAUGGGGAUGUUGUGCAAUUACUGCACGGCAUUACUAGUCGCGCGCUUAACUCGCAUGAUGUCGCUGCGGCCGCUUCAUCGCAGUCACAGGAGGUGUCCUGCUACAUCGACUACAACGUGUCGAUGCCGGCGCAGAACCUGUGGCGCGUGGAGAUCAUCAACCGCGCCAGCGAGGACGCCACGUGGGACAGCAUCCGCUCGCUCGUGCGGCUCGUGCACGCGGGCUCGGGCGCCGCGCUGCGCUACAGCGGCCGCCAGCUGCCCGCCUGGGGCUUCCACCAGCACGAGGUUGUCGCCGACAAAGUACUUACUCAUCAGGACACUGUAUGGAACGUCGAAGAACAUCGCUAUACUAAAGCUGAAGACAGAAAGGAGCGCGAACGCGAGCUCGUGUCUGCCGAGAUGAUCCCGCCGGGCAACACGCAGCUGACCUUCUGGGAGAAGUUCUUCGAGCUGCAGUUCAAGAUGGCGGCGCACUCGGCCGACGCGCCCACCGGCCACAUGUUCGCCAGCGAGCCUACUGACUGGCCGGUGCUCGCACGUUCCAUCGCUUACUGGCUCUCUCCGGACUCCAACGCUCAGAUCCACCUAAUCGGCAACCUAGUGACGUGGUACGCGGGCUCGCUGUCGGUGCUGGUGUACCUGGCGCUGCUGUGCUGGCUGGCGCUGCGCGCGCGCCGCGCCCGGCCCGAGCUGCCGGCGCGCGCCGCCGCGCGCUUCCUGUCGGCCGGCCACGUGCUGUUCCUGGGCUACUGGCUGCACUACCUGCCCUACUUCUUCGUCGACCGCACGCUCUUCCUGCACCACUACCUCCCGGCCUACUUGUUCAAGAUCCUCCUCCUGGCGUACGUCAUCGAGCACGUCUACUACAGGCUGAGACUCCAUAAGCGCACGCAGGCGCUGGUGCACUUGUUCGUGGUGUGCGUGGCGGUGUGGCUCGCGUAUGUGGUCAUCACGUUCAAGAAGUUCAGCGUCCUCAACUACGGUAAUGUAGAUCUGACCGAGAGCGAGCUCAUGAGUCUCCGCUGGAAGGACACGUGGGAUUUUAUACUGCACAAAAAGUAAUUGAAUCUAGAGUAUUUCUAAGUCUGACGGUACUGAAUAUGUACGAGCCAUUCCCAAAAUCUCAUCACAACAUAUUUUAUUUUAAAGUUUAUUUUUGUAUGAAAUGAAUGUAACGUGGAUGAAGGUAUUGUAAACACUCAGUAUUAGAAAUGUAAUUUAUAUAAGUAAUAUUUUUUGAAGACAUGAACAAUAUUUGUAUAUUAAGUAAUAAAAAUACUCUUUAGAUAUAAGAAAUAAACAAUAUAGAAACGCAGUCAUACUCUAAACGUCACAAACUUUACUGUAGGUACAAGCAAUAUUAUUUUUGAGUGGAAUCAGAAUCACAUAUCUAUCAGCAUUUUGUACAAGUAAAAUUGCUUGUUAGUGUGAAAAUGCCUUCACAUACUAUCAGUUUUCACCGCAUACGCAUAUUCAUAAGUUAUUGCUCAGGAAUACAGAAACAUGCAUUUCAUAUUUUUGUAAUGCAAUUCUCAUACCUACAUGUAACCAGAAGAGUUAGUUGUAAAGAUCAUUAAGUACUUUUUAAGAAUUAUUUAUAAAUGUAAUAUAUUCCGUCCUGCAUUCAAUUUUUUUUACAAGUAAAUAGAUUUUUUUAUA